UCGUUUCUUUUUCCUUGUACGCGUAGUUGUAGUGCUCCUUAGUAAAUAUUUUCGAAACUAUUAUUUAAGAUUAAUAAAAUUUAUAUUGGCUAAUAUGCCGCCUGUUAAGCAUUAUUCGUGUAGUGAAGUAAAUCAACAUGAAUUAUCUUCGAGAUUAUUAUCUCUAACAGAAAAUAACACAUCUUAUACACUGACGCAAAUUAAUGGGCAGAGGAUCUACAGAAAGGCUCCUCACGCAUGGUCUGGGCCAGAGCCGUCUAGGAAUUGUGAGGUGUUCAUCGGCCGCAUCCCGCACGACUGCUUCGAGGACACGCUGGUGCCUCUGUUCCGGCAGGCCGGCGAGCUGUUCGAGUUCCGGCUCAUGAUCAACUUCUCCGGCUGGAACCGCGGGUACGCGUUCGCCAUGUAUACGACCGACGCGGAGGCGAGCAACGCCAUACGGAUGUUCAACAACUACAUGAUCAGGCCUUCUUGGCAACUGGGCGUGUGUCCUUCCAUCAACAACUGCCGCAUCUUCAUCUCGCGCAUCCCGCCGACGCUGUCCUCGGCGGAGAUCGUGCGCCUGCUGUACGAGCUCACGGACGAGGUGGUCGAGGUACGCGUCCGUCGCUCGGUAGCCUCUAGCGCCGCCAUCGUGGAGUACAAGUCUCACCGCGGCGCCGCCAUGGCGCGCAAGGCGCUGGUGGCCGCCGCGGCCGCCGCGUGGGGCUCCGGCGCGCGCCCCGCCGUCGACUGGUCGCUGCCGCAGUCGCCGCAGCUGCUCAAGCAGUACCGCGAGGUCGGCCGCUGGACGCCCGAGCGCGGCGUGGAGUUGACGCGCGUGCCGGAGAGCGGCGCGUACUCGCCGCCCAUCGCGCCGUCCUACACGCUGGAGCCGUGGUCGCAGGCGCGCCGCCUGCGCAUGAUCCACGAGGCGUCGCGCCGCCACCAGCCCCAGGACUGGAACGGUCGCCUGGAGACCGGCAUCGGCAUGGAGUCCCUCGUGUCUUCAAUGUCCGGUCUGGGGCUGGGCGGCGCGGGGCGCGUGUGGGCGCCGCCGGCCGCGCCGCCGCCGCGCGACUUCAACCCCUGGACGGCGCCGCACCCGCUGCACCACUUCCUGCAGCCCGGGAAGCCGCAGUGAGUCCAGCACUGCCCCCCACCCUCACCCUCACCCUCACCCCUGCCCGCCGUCUCGAGGUGAAGGUGGACGUCGGCCCGAUAUAGCGCCUGACGCAUGACUCUUGCUAACAAGUCGCUCAUUCCCGGUAACGCGAUAUCCAUGCUUCAAUACGAGGUAUUGCUUUAAUAUCCAUGAAAUGUAUCUUUAUUAAUUUGUGAUAGGAAUCGUCAACCCGAUUUUAUGGCUUGAACAGCUGCAGUGAGUUCGUUUUGUGGUUUUCCUGACAUCAAAAGCCGAGCUUAUUUUUUGGCAACUUCAUAGUUGCACGACACAAAACCACAAGUGAUUUGGAGUAGUGAUAACUAAUCCUUAGGAUGUCUAGGCGAACGGGAAUAGUUUCCAGGUUGGAACAACUCGGAAGAUAAAAUCGUCAGAUGUAAUAAUGAACUCAACGAGCGAAAGUGGGAUCGAAAUAGGCGGCAUGCGGCCGACUUAUGACCCCGUGUAAUGAGCACCUUGUUAGCAAGAUUUUGUCUUUCAUCUAUUUAGGGCGAUCUGAGAAUCACGCUAAUCGAGGUCACUUUAAAUAUGGCCGUCUAUUUAUUACGCCUCUACGCACUUUUACAAUCUUACUGGCCUGAACUUUUUUUGCAGAAGUCACAUGAAUCUCCACUUCAGAUUCACAAAAGAAUUAGAAUAUGGCGCCGCCGGGCAAUAAAGAAUUGCCAAGGCCGUGACCGAGUGCCUGCAGAUUUUAAAUGCAAUGUUUUUCCGGUUGGCGUUCAAUGAAUGCAAAACUGCAGAUUAUGCCUUGUCAACGAGGUACUUACGUAAUCUGCUGUGACUAAUUGAAGUAUUACAUUGAGACAAGUGUUUCAAAAUAGCGAUUAUUUAAUUUGUCAGGCUGUGUUUCGGGCGGGUGGGGUAGGGAUAACCCAUUAUUAAUGUUUUACAAUUAAUUUAAUUUUUACCCACGAUUAAUUUAUUGCAUGUAUUGUUUAAGAAUGCAAAUGUGUUUUUAUGUGUUGUGUUGCAUGUCAUGUGCAGUGUCGGAGUGUGAGAGGAAGCCCCGUGCAUAACUGAUUGUCUUUGUUUUUAUUUUGUUGCUACUAAAACGCUGGCCAAGAGUGUUUACAAGUUUUAGUUGUCUCUGGAGCGACUUGUCAACGUUUUUGUCAGUUUGGUGUUGGUGUGGCGAUAUGGGGAAAAGAAAAAGAAUUUGGUUGUCAUUUUAGUUAAAUGUUUCUUUCUGUUUUGCUGUUAAAAAUGCUGCUAAGGGCACCAAUAUUAUUUUUCGAUUUCCUAAAGUUAUCCUCGGUGCUGGUGUGCUGCCAUGUAAUCUUCUCUUGCACUCCUUUUAAUACUUAAGAAGGUAAAUUUUACAUUUAGACACUAUUUAAUUUAACGGUAAUGUAUUGAAUUAAGAAUCCAUUUUAACUGCAUAGAUUAUAAUUUAUUAAAAUUAAAAAAUAUGUAAGGCAGCAUCGAUAUUUAAGUAAGUAUGUACAAGAUCGUUUUAUGUUAUGAAUUAAGUGCAACCGCCGGUCCCGCCGUGCAUAUAGUUGCAUUACUGGCAAUCUCAAUUUUUUGAUGUUUUUUCAACGAAAUAUUCAUGUUAUUGUAGUUUACUAUUUCAUACGAUCAAGUCUUAUUUAAAAUCAGGUUUUAAAUAAAUCAAUUUGGAUCUGUUUUCUCUUCAAUGGAUAAACACAGCAUUAUGAAAUUAUCUAUCUUAUUCUACACGAACAGUAUAACGAGACAUGAAUUUAUCUCUCAGGCUUUUAUGAGAUUUUUAAGCUAAUAUUGCAUGCCAGGAUUGAUUAAUAAAUUUAAGUAUAAUGGUUAA